AUGCUGUUACUGGUGGUCGUAUGUGGCGUCUGGCUGAGCUCAGCCUCGGCUGUGAAGCUGGGUGUGGUGCAGACGGAGGCGGGGCUGGUGGAGGGGCAGAGUGACAGGAUGGGGCUGCUCAGGACCGUUGAUGUCUUUAAAGGCAUCCCCUUCGCUGACGUCCCCGGAAGGUGGGAGAAACCAAAACCCCAUCGUGGCUGGACCGGAAUCCUGAAGGCGACCAAAUAUCGGGAUCGCUGCCUGCAGGUGACGCUGCUGCAGACGAAAACCCAGGGCAGCGAGGACUGUCUCUACCUGAACAUAUUUGUUCCACAGGGACGAAAAUUGUCGACCAACCUGCCGGUGAUGGUGUAUCUGUUCGGGGGAGCCUUCCUGUUGGGGGCGUCCAACGACAUUGCGAUCCUCGGGGACUCGCUGUACGACGGGAAGGAGCUGGCCGACAGGGGCGAGGUCAUCGUCGUCACGGUGAACUACAGAGUCGGCGUGAUGGGUUUCCUGAGCACCGGAGAUGAACGCCUGCCAGGUAACUACGGUCUGUGGGAUCAGCACGCUGCCAUCUCCUGGGUCCACAGAAACAUCAAGGCUUUCGGAGGAAACCCCGACAACAUCACCGUCUUUGGCCAGUCAGCCGGAGCCGCCAGCGCCAGCUUCCAGAUGCUGUCUCCCUACAGUAAAGGGUUAUUCCGCAGAGCGAUCACACAGUGUGGCGUGGCCCUCAGUCCUUGGGCCCUGCAGAGGAACCCCAUGGCUCUCACCAAGAAGAUCGCUCGGAAAGCCGGCUGCUGGAGAAGUGAUGAAGAUGAGAUGUUAACGUGUCUGAAGAUGAGCGACCCGGUCGGGCUCACCAUGGCCGGAAAGAUCGAUGUGCUGCUUCUUCUGGGAAAAGGUGUGGUCAUGGAUCUUCUUGAGCUGGCUCCGGUGAUCGAUGGGGAUUUUAUUCCAGAAGAGCCCAGUCGGCUGUUCCACAAUGCAGCUCAGGUCGACUACCUGGCCGGGGUCAACAGCAUGGAUGGACACAUCUUUGCUGGAGUCGACGUUCCUUCUAUCAACAUGAGAAACGCCACGACUGUAGAGCAGGUGAAGGCUCUGCUAGCCGGUCUGACGAAAGAGAAAGGGAACGCCGCCGUCGACUCGGCCUACAGCGUCUACACGUCUCACUGGGGCGCAGUUCCAGACCAGGCGGCGGUGAAGAAGACGGUGGCCGACAUCGAGACUGACUUCCUGUUCCUGGUUCCCACACAGACCGCCCUCCAACUCCAUGCCAACAACUCCAGCGGAGGCCGUACCUACUCCUACCUGUUCAACAUGAAGACUCGUAUCCCAGGAUUCCCUCGCUGGGUGGAGGCGGAGCAUGCUGAGGACCUGCAGUACCUGUUUGGUAAACCCUUCUCCACCCCGCUGGCCUACUUCCCCCGACACCGAGACCUGUCCAAGUACAUGAUCGCAUACUGGACCAACUUCGCCAGGACUGGAGAUCCCACGAGUGGUGGGACUAGAGUCCCUGUUCCCUGGCCCGCCUUCACCAAACACCAGCAUCCCUACCUGACCAUCAACAACAAGAUCAGCAAGUCCUCCAUCAGCUAUGACCUGAGAUCAGACUACGUCGCCUACUGGACCCAAACCUACAGCAGCCUGCCGACAAUCAGGAAGGAAGAGUAAGAAGAAGAUGGAGGGAUGAAGAAGGAAAACAGAGCAGAACAAACUGAGAAACUCU